GUUGGUAGGGAAAAAAAAAGGACAAGAACAGAAAGGACAAACAUGGCGAGUGAAGGAGAGAUGAUGGUUGAAUCUGCAGGAGCUACAGCAGCACCUGCAGAGAUGGGCGAGAUGAGCGAGACGAAGCCUCGGCAUCGCCUGGAGCGAAAGUGGACGUUUUGGUUUGAUAACCAGUCGAAGCCCAAACAGGGUGCUGCUUGGGGAAGCUCUCUUCGCAAAGGCUACACCUUUGAAACCGUCGAAGAGUUCUGGUGCUUGUACGAUCAGAUAUUUCGACCUAGUAAGUUUCCUGCGAAUGCCGAAUUUCACUUGUUCAAAGCUGGGAUUGAGCCCAAAUGGGAAGACCCCGAAUGUGCCAAUGGAGGCAAGUGGACUGUUAUCAGCAACAGAAAGACCCACCUCGAUGCCAUGUGGCUUGAAACUCUGAUGGCACUGAUUGGCGAGCAAUUUGAAGAAAAUGAUGAGAUCUGUGGGGUGGUUGCGAGUGUGCGCCAGCGGCAGGACAAGGUUGCAUUGUGGACUAAAACAGCUUCCAAUGAAGCUACUCAGAUGAGCAUUGGGAGGAAGUGGAAGGAGAUCAUUGAUGUCACUGAUAAGAUCUCAUACAGCUUCCAUGAUGAUUCAAGGAGGGAAAAAUCGACUAGAGUUCGAUACAAUGUGUGAGCAAUCCUUCAUCACAUCAAUUUUUGCCCGAGAUGUGAACUGUGAUAUGAUCAUUUUAUGAUGAUUUUUUCAUAUGGAUCUAUUAAACAAAAAGUAUCAAGUGAUCUAAUUGUAAUACACCUUGGAUAAGCCUAGUGUUUUACAAUAUUGAUAAUUCCAUCUCUUACAAAUUGUU